AUGUUCAAGAUAAAUCAAUAUGGCUUCAUCUAUGAAGGUAUAACUUUUUGGAAUUGGGAAUUUUUUCCUCAGUUAUAUGUUACCUUUUUUGACGAUAGAUUAUCAUAAAUAACUGAAAUCAUUGCAUUAGGAGGAAGAAAUUUGAUUACAAUAGAAAAUUCUGCUUCUAAUAGUAAGAGACCAAGUGUCACAUUGAGUCUUAGAUUCGACUUAGAACGGAAAGGAGAAUAAUCUUAAAUCUAUCCUGUUUACUUUGAUCAAAAAUUUGAUUUACUAGUUAUGGCUUCAGAUAAAAACGGGUAUUACUUGCUAAAAAUAAGUUAUGCUACUCCAACUACAAAGAGAGUUCAAUGGCUUUCUAAGUAUGAGAAGAUUCAAACGGAGUACCAAUGCUGGCAGCUUGCUUUAACUUUGAAAAUCAUCCUAGACUCUGAUGGAUUAUCUUAUUUGAAUAUGUAUAGAAUGACUAGUGACUUAAAGUAAAUUUAUAUUGGAUAUUUGAGGAAAAAUCCUACGUCUUAUGAUUACUUAAGAUUUAAACAUGGAAUACCAGAGGGAUUUAAAAAGCACAUUAGAAUUAAUAAUUAUGUGGGAGCUUUCUUUGGAAUUAGAAUUCAUGAAUUUAAUGGAGUGCAACUUUAGUAGAACUUGAAUUUCAUAAACUCUGGAAAUAACAGUUGCAAAGAAUUAUUAUUCAAAGAAUAUAAAUACUACAUUUUCUAGCACUUUUACGGGAAUCGUUUAAGAUUAACUUCAGCAAACUUUGUAAAUGUCAACAUUAAUGAAAAGAGAAUAAACUUUUAUUGA